CUACAAUACAUUUCUGAGAUGAGAUGACAAGGGCAUGCAUUCAAUUGGCUAUAGGGGGCUACAGGAAGGAGAAGAACGUAUCACAUCAUCUCCUGUGGUUGGAUUGUCUCCAAACAUGGCAUGCAAUAUGUGUUGUAUAUCUAAAUGCUAUAUGUGAAGUCUCUUGGGGAUUGGACAAGCAGGAGGUCGUGUAGAGCGAGACGAACAUCG